AUGGACUUAGACCCAUCGGGUGUUUUCCCAAGUUCUUUCAAGUAUCAUCCAUAUUACUCUCAGACCAUGGAGUGUGGCGGCGUAAUCGAUUUAGGUCUCAGCCUUAGUACCAUACAACAUGAGACUUACCACACAUCUGGCCAAAGUCCUGGCAAUUUUCUGCUGAAGAGUCACGAAACUGGAGAUGGGAAAUGUGGUGAAGAAUACUGGAGUAAUAUAGGCAGAGGGAAUUGGGGUUAUGUAAAGGUCACCAUGGAUGGGUUUGUGGUAGGUCGCAAGGUCUGUGUUCUUGAUCAUGGAGGCUAUUCAACUCUUGCUCAUCAACUGGAGAACAUGUUUGGGAUGCAGAGUGUAUCAGGAUUGAGGUUGUUCGAGGCAGAGUCGGAGUUCUCUUUGGUCUACAGAGACAGAGAAGGUACUUGGAGGAAUGCUGAGGAUGUUCCAUGGAAGGAGUUGGUGGAAAGCGUGGAGCGGCUGAGAAUCACAAGAAGAAACGAUUCUCUACUUCCCUUUUAA